AUGAAAUUCGCCAUCGUCCUGUUCGCCCUCUUCGCCGUGGCCUUGGCUGCCCCUACAGAUGUCGAGAUCCUCCGACAGGAUAGCAAAGUUGAAGCCGAUAAUUACACAUAUUCUUUUGGUACAAGCGACGGUACCUCGAAGGACGAGCAGGGUGAGCUGAAGUCCAUCGGCCCCGAUGCGCAGGCCAUCGUAGCCCGAGGCCAGUUCAGCUACACGGGCCCUGAUGGCGUGGUGUACACCGUCUCCUACGUGGCCGAUGAGAACGGAUUCCAACCCCAGGGUAGUCAUCUGCCAGUUGCCGUAUAA